UGGAAUUUUCUUUUUACUCUUCACCUUCCUCAAGCUUACUUGUGGAUUUUAUUUUUCUUCAAAAACGACACAAUUUCUCAAGCUGUUAUAUUUCUAGUAACUUGAUACAUUCACUUUUGUGCCUCUAUAAAAAAAAGGUAUUUAUUCCUUCUUUAUUAUCGCGAAUUCGUCGUUUUCCUUCUUUUCCCCUGUACUUGCUAAAAACUCCAACCUGUCGAAAUGACUGCAAUCUUUAAUUUCGAAAGUUUGUUGAUUGUGAUUCUUUUGACUAUUUGUACAUGCACCUAUGUUCACCGACAAUUUCCAGCUUUGUUGAAUAGAAGAAAAGAGGGAGUGCUUGGCGUUUUCUGGAAAUGUGCACGAAUUGGUGAUCGGGCAAGUCCGUACGUCUCUAUAUGUUGUGUCAUCAUGGCUGUUCGCAUACUACUUUAGUAAAGAAACCGGUAAUUAUCGCUCAUAGAAAAGAGUUCGAACACUGUAGGUGCAUAACAAGCCCUUUCAGCAUCAAUUAUCCUGUUCGCAGUCAACGAGAAUUUGCAUGUUCUAAGUGAAGAUAGUCAUGAAUAUCACAUAUUAUCUAUUUGUAUUGAUAUUUGGAAA